AUGCCCGAGACUCUACAAACUUGGGCGCCGUUCUUCAACACAUAUAUUGAUCCUGAUCACCGUUGCUGUCUCGAACGUGAGGAUGUCCCUGACUAUCUGGAGAAGGCAAAAGAGUCCUUUAAAAGCUGGGAUGAAUACGUCGCUUUGCUCGGGUCUGGUGCGCUUAUCGAAUCAGCUCUUGCCGACAGAGAGAAGAAUCGAGAAUUCAAGACGCCCAUAAAGCUCCUACAGCACAAAGAAGGAAACAAAACCCGAACUAUCUGUCUGUUCAAGGUCCCAAGGAGAUGUCAAGAGAAUUUCAGAGCGGGAGACAAGGCAUCUGCUCACCUGAAUAAGCCCUCUUCCCUGCCGAUCAUAGUCGAUAAUUCGUCAGACAGUCGCACAGACCCAUCAUAUCUUCAUGCCGACAAUCGAAAACGCCCACGCGGACCCUGGAUCAUCAACAUCCUACCACCUGUUGCGACUGGCCCUCCAGAAGUGGCUUGGGCUACAAUUGAACGCCGCCAGGACGCCAAUAAAGAUGGAUAUCACGACCCAAACUCCUAUCCUGUCACUUCAUUUUCAAGGAUUAGUUCCAUACGACAGGGCCGUGGGAUGCGGGCCGCGAUAUGGGGUCUAAUUGACGAGGCGACUAUCUGCGCGAGGGUCAUUCCGGAGGACCGCCACAGCAUAUUUGUCUAUGUUAUCAGAGCAUUGAGCGACCUGAGGACGAAGGUAGCGCGCUCGCAAGAUGGUGGGAUUGCAAAGCUACUCGUUGCAACUUGUCCAAAUGACAUUACUCGACUCAAUAUUUUCGAAUCCCUCAGUGACCCUUCUCUUUCACACGAGGACGGGAUGUUUCUCAAUGAGAGCCAAAAGGAAGCAAUCCCAUUCGGGCAUGAUGCUCCUAAUGGGCUCGUCCUCUGCCACGGAGGGCCUGGGACGGGCAAGUCCCAUUUCAUCAUCCAGGCCGUUCGGCCAUUUCUUCUCGACGUUGCGAAAGAGCACCGCGUGCUGCUCACAGCAGCGUCAAACGCGAGUGUUGAUUCGGUUGCAAAAGCUCUGGACGGAGAACUUAGGCGGGCGAUUCACACAACGGAAGGCUUGGUUCUCGCCCAUUGCCAGGCGUACAUGGAACGCAAGUACGAAGGUGUCAGCGACGAGCGGGUGAAUGUCAUUGAGCUUUCUGCAGGCGAGAGGAUGCUUGAGAUCGCCGGAAUACGUGGGGAGAGCCCGCUCUGUGAUGCAGGCCGGUUCACGGAAUUCGCAGACCUGUAUACGCGAUUCACCAACGGUGAUCUGUUCAGCUCUGUGGACUGGACAAAUCUUGAUCUGAGACUGGACGAGCUUCUUGCCCAUACAAUCAGUCACGCUUCGGUCAUUUGUGCAACCGUUGGCGGAGCUGCGGACGACUUUUGCAGCACCAACUACGCGCAAGCUGAGCUAAUUGUUGUUGAUGAAGCUGCUCGAGUACCUGAAUACCAGAUGUGGCCUUUAUUCGCCUUCUAUCCCAAGGCUGUUGGCAAGAUCCUGGUCGGAGAUCCCAACCAGCUGGGUCCUAUGAUCAAAGGAGACGAUACGAAGGACAGCGCAAAGUUGAUAAUAAACCCUUUCCAAGACCAGCUGGAAAUGUCACUUCAACAGCGUCUUCAGUCCGCAGGUUUCAAGUCGGCCUUCUUCAAUGUGCAAUAUCGAGCCGUCGAGAAAAAUGCCCAGAUUUACAGCAAUGUCUGCUACGGUGGUCUUUUGCAACAUGGUCGAACGUCGAAACUGGCAGACGAUCAACUUGCCAAAGACAUCAUCGAACAUAACCGACAAACGUAUGGCAUUCCCGAACCUGUUGUUUUCUACGACAUACAAGACGCUGCAGAAGGACGGAACUACCACCUGUCGAGAUUCUGUAAGGAAUACGUCAUAUUGGUGCUCAAAAUUCUGCAGAGUCUGUUCGAUGCGGGGUUCGGAAAGCCUGGGAAGCCCUGCUCCAUCGCCAUUCUGACGCCGUAUAUUGAGCAGAAGAGAUUGCUCAAGAUAUCAAAAUCCCAAAUGGAAAAGCAGUAUCCGGCUGCCAAAGACGUCGUCCUGCAGACCGUCGACAGCGUUCAAGGCAUGGAGUACGAUGUGGUCAUCGUGGACCCCACUGUUGUGCGUAGUCCCGGGUUUCUCAACGAGAAUCGACUGAAUGUUAUGUUCUCCCGCGCCAGAUAUGGCCUCUACGUUGUUGGCGAUUACAGAGCCUGGCUGGCGAUGUGGAGAGACGAUUCGCGCCCACUGAGGAAAUUUGCGGCGGAGUUCAAGUCCGCCUAUCGGGUGAGAUGGGACAGGCAAAACAAGGAUCAAACUUUGUCUUCGCCUUUUUUCCACGAGGAUAUGCUUGCAGGCUACGAGUCCGACUAG